CACUAAAGUGCAAAAAACAAGUUGGUGGAUGCUGUCAUUUAGAGCACCCAACUAAUUUUCCGUUUAUUCCAAUGCAAAGUUGCCUAAGAAAAUUCUUACCCAAGAAAUAUGGACUUCUAUAAAUACUAAUGCUCAAUAGUUGAUGGAACAAUUUGUGAAGCAAAGUCUUCUGACUCUACCACCUACUCAUCCCAUUUUAUAGCAUAUUUGGUUCCACAAAUAAAUGCUCUAGAGUCAAUCCUGGUUAGAAGCUAUACAAUCUUAGAUCUGAGUAAACGUGUUACGUGUCUUGUAUUCUGUGCAAAUUGUGCCCCUGCAACAACAGAUAGUUAGAGUCCAAGACAAAGAUGAAGAAAGUAGCAGUCAUGUUAAUUCUCUUGUUUUUCAUCAUUGCUGCUUUUGCUUCUGAUCCAGAUCCAGUUAUGGAUUACUGCAUAGCCAAAUCACCAGACAACAAAAGCUUCACUUGCAAGAACUCAUCCAAAGCAACAGUGGAAGAUUUCACCUUCUCUGGUAUAAAGCUCCCAGGGAACUUCAAGGAAACUGGCUUUUCUGGUAUGGCAGUGAACUCAAAUGUCUUUCCAGGUUUGAACACUCUUGGGAUGUCAUUUGUGAGAGCAGAUUUUGAUGUUGGUGGUGUCAAUGUGCCUCACUUCCAUCCAAGAGCAACUGAGGUUGCUUUUGUGCUUGAGGGAAAGAUUUAUUCAGGAUUUGUUGACACCAAGAACAAAGUUUUUGCCAAAGUGUUGGAGAAAGGAGAGGUCAUGGUGUUUCCAAGAGGGCUUGUGCACUUUCAGAUGAAUGUUGGAGAUGGGCCUGCAACUAUUUUGGGCAGUUUUGAUAGCCAAAACCCUGGCGCACAGAAGAUUCCAAAUGCAAUUUUUGGUUCUGAUAUCAAAGAGGAGCUUUUGGAGAAGGCUUUUGGGUUGAGUUCUAAGGAGCUUUCCAAGUUGAAGAAGAGAUUUUCCUCAUAGCUAAAAGGCGUUUUUUGUUUAUUGAGGGAUUUUUUAGCAUGUUCGGAUCAACUUCUAUUUCUUCAGAGUCAAGUAUGACAUCCAGAAGCUACUCAAAAAGCUUCUCCCUAGAAGUAAUUCUUGCUUUAGAAUCAAUUAUAGAAGGAUACUGAGUCCAUAUUUAAGAAUUUUUGCAUGAUGCUUAUUGCAGAACAUUGCUGAUGAUGUAACUGGAAUGUUAUUUGAUUGAAUUGUAGUCAACUAUUUUAAUAAUUCAUCCCUUCUUACUUAAAGGAAGGAGCUGAACAUUUGAUAAUGGUGAUUGGUGAGUUAGAAAAGAUUAGUUGUUGAAGUGAUUAGAAGUUUAUUUCCAAGUUUUGCUUUUGCCUUUUCUGAUCAUAUCGCAUUUGAUAAUAUUUGGUUCAA